AUGCUGCCUACUUCUCAGGUUGAUGUGGAGGAGACGGCCAGAAUUUGCACUCUGCCGAGAUAUAAGAGGGCGCAAGUUCUAACUCAACACUUCUGGAAUCGUUAUUAUUUGGAGUACAUUUCAGAUUUGCAGAGAAGGAACAAAUGGAAGCGCAACAGUGAAGAAGAGUUGCGCGUUGGAGAUCUAUUGGUAGUCAAAGACAAUCGGCUUCCACCCAAUCGCUGGUUACUCGGACGUAUUUCCCGCGUGCAUCCCGGCCGCGAUGGCAUCACCCGCGUCGCCGACGUCACCACAGCGUCUGGAGUUUUGGGGAGAGCAUACAAUAGGCUCUGCUUACUACCUACAUCUUGGAACUAG